AUGUUCCCACGGGUCGUCCUCGUGGCCGUCCCAAGGGAAGUGGAGGCGUUCAGAAGACCACACCAAAGAAGACCGCGUCCACUCCUGGCAGAGGCCGUGGUAGACCAAGGAAGAGCGACGCAGUCGAGGCCGCCGUCGCUGAGGCCACAGACACUCCAGCCAAGAAGAGCGGAACCCCAGGCCGCCGCGGUCGCCCUCGCAAGUCAGACGCGUCGACCGGCGCAGCUACCCCGAAGAAGGCCGAGACGAAAAAGGGACCCAAGGGCAGAAAGAGCGACGUCUCGAAGGACGCCUCCUCGUCUCCCACGGACUUGUCCGACGGAGAAGCGAAGGAUACUGAAGAUGCCGAUGCGGACUCGUCCUCUAACGCGGAGGGCUCUGGCGAGGAGUGAGCGCACGAACGAGGCAUUGUACUUUUACACGGGUCUAGGUAUUUGGUUCAGAGGACUUCAAAGAACAAGAACGGCAUUGGGGGUUAUCGCUUCCAAAUUUGCUCAGAGGACAUGGUGUCGAUGUCUCUUUUUCCCCCCCGCGCCCGCAGACCGUCAGUCAGGCACAUGA